CGGAGUUUCAAAUCUGGAUAGUGCUGAAUUCGGUAACCGAUGCUUCUUUUCAUACAUAAUGUAACUCGACUUUCAAGUUGAAUCCCUAUAAAACUCUCUUAUUCUCAAACCGUCCUGUCCUUCCUCAACUUUCUUUAAGUUCCUUUGUCUUGUGUAGAUCCCUCCUUUCUCAAAGACACAGAAUAUAAUGAGGUUCGCGUCUGUCCUUGCUUUCGCCGUGGCCGUUACUGUCGUAAGCGCGGAGACCAAUGCCGAGAGAAUGUUGCGCGGUCUACCCCCUAUGGCUCCCGCUCGUCGCGCCACGCCCGUUGAGCGCGCCAAGCGCACUGCCCCCUCGGGGACUGGCGGCGGCCAGUGCAACACUGGCUCUAUCCAGUGUUGCGAUUCUAUUACGCAGUCUGGCCAUGGCAGCACGCUCGACGAGUUGCUCUCUGUUAUGAGAAUUGAAGUACCUGUUGAUACUUUUUGUGGUCAGAACUGCUCCCCCCUCAACGUUAUUGGGGGCGGUGGCGCUAAGUGCGGCCAGCAACCUGUUUGCUGCGAGGACAACACUUACAAUGGCCUCGUCAAUAUCGGUUGCUCGCCCAUCAAUAUCUGGUGAAACAAUCACCUCGCUUGGUGUUUGGCUCCAUGCCUGCACACGUUCCGCUCUUUUUUCCGUUUGAUAUGCAUAGAAGUCGCUUUUCCGCGGCUUUGGACUUUUUCAUCUUCAUCAGGCAUAGCCUACGUUAUUGUUUUGUUGCGUUUUUGUUACCUGGUGCAAGUCGCUUAUGGCUAUGCUUUUCCUGUAAUGGACUGGGACAAAUGACUAGGAUCAGACAGGCUA